CGGCCGCUAUGUCCCCACCGACGCGGAUGGAAUGCCUCGACGCGUAGCAGGUGCAAACGUGGAAGCCGGCGUCCAGACGAGGCUCCGCAGUUGGCCGCAGCCCCCACGACGGGAGCAUCCGGCAUGUGCAAAAACGUAUAUUCCUCCGGGCAAACAGUGGCGGCCUCGAGGCCGACGAUAUGAGUACCCUUAUCAUGAUGUGCCCGCGGGGCCGUUAGAGCCAAAGAACACCAACACUUCCUCUUCCUCCACGCAGGCAGAGGCGGCGACUCACGACGUCUCGCCAACGUCAAGGCACUCGUCUCCACCUAUUUUGGCUCCUUACUUUUCUGGUUGGCAUUUACAGUUUUUCAUCAGAACAGACCUUGUGGGUUCUUUCCACACGUAUCCUCCUUUGGGUGGGCCAUUCCGGAGCUUGCAGGAAGCCAAGGAUGCUAUCGCGAGCCAUCUCGACGACCUGCGCUCUCCAAUAAUGCGCAAGGAUGGGCUUUCGGAGACGGAGAUAGCGGUUCGAUGUUGCCUUUACUGGCCUGAUGGCACAAGGAAGAUGUCUUCCAAAGACAAUCUGAAACCUAGGAAUAUCAGCCUAUUGCUUCAAGCUUUACUGGACAAGUACAAUGAAGAUCACCAUCUUUUAGGGAUUUGCUCUCUCUCCCUCCUCCUUGCCCUCAGAUCUUGCAUAUGA